CUGGUCAUGCAAUCAAACAUAACAAAAAUCCAAAAAUCCAUUCAAGGUCUCACGCUGGAGAAUCAUGAUGAGAAUGCUGGUAAUUCCGAGACGAUCUCUACAGAUAAUAUUAUUUCGCACCAAUACCUAGUCAACCGUAGUUUCUUUGGAAAGAUUAUUGGUAGAGGAGGAAGUACUAUUAAACAGCUCAGGAACGACACUGGGGCACAAAUUGAUGUCAUUCCAGGAAGAGAUUCGAUAACUAUCAAGGGUACUCAGGACAAAGUAGAUAAAGCGAUUGAAGCGAUUGACAAGCUGGUGAAAGGGACUCAUUCUGCUUCUAGACCUACUCACUUCUUGUCUAUUCCUGUGUCGUCUACUUUAUUGACACAACAAUUGGAUCAAUUCUAUUCUUCGAUCCUUUCUCCGACAUUUGGAUGCCAGGGACUUGAUCCUUCAAUGUUGGUUUCCCAUAAGAAUCUGCACAUCACAGUUGGGGUAUCAAAAUUGACGAGCCAAUCCGACAUCGCAAAGGCAGCCGAGUUCCUUAAAGAUCAUCUCCCGAAUGUAGUCAACUCUGUUAUCAAAGACAACGACAGACUCUCUGUACAUAUCCAUAACUUGAAGACAAUGCAAGCCGAUCCAUCCAAGGCCCAUGUGGUUUACAUCGAAGCUCAUGAUGAAUCAAAAGAUCAAUUGUUGGAUAAAUUAUGUGUUGGAUUGAGGAAUUCAAUGAUUGAAGCUGGUUUGAUGGUUGAUGAAAGUAGACCUUUAAAGAUUCAUAUUACAUUGAUCAAUUCCAGUUACCGUAAAGAGGAAGGCAAACCCAAGAAUAGUAGACGAGAGACUUUUGAUGCUCGACCAAUCUUGGAUAGUUUUGCUAGCAUCGACUUUGGUGAUGUUCCACUAAACAAACUACAUUUGAUGCGUAUGGGAAAGAGAGGACCUGAAGAUACUUAUGAAAGUGUUGAAUCAAUUGCUCUUGAAUGAUUAAAUGUAAUAUAUGAUUUAUAUAUAUAUAUAUAUAUAUAUAUAUAUAUAAAUAAAAGUGUAUGUAAUGUUUAAUGGUGUAAUAUGUAAUGCUUAGUGUGUUUGUGUAUUAAUAUAAAAUAAAUAUAAAUAUAAAUACACGU